UCAUGCAGGUUCCUGUAGUUCUUCACAACAGAAGUCCCGAAUUAUACGUGGUGACCGUCCCAAACAAAACGUAAACAGGUAUUGCCAUGUCCAGGUAACAAACGUGUUUAUCAGUCAAGAUGCCAAGUGCAGGUGCUAUAGGGAUUCCAUCCAUCAUCCCACUGAGGGACCCCAUUCCAGGGAAACCAAGCAACCAUAUAGAUAUUGCAACUUGUAUAGAGCUUAAUUGCUCCACCUCUGGUUGCAAACUUUAUUUCACAACAGAUGGCAGCCGUCCAGAUCCAUUUCAGAGGAAGUCAUCGGUGGGACAAACAUUCAAGUACAGGGGACCAUUUACUCUCAAACCAGGAAAGAGACUUUUGAAAGUCAUAGCCAUUGCUAGGGAUGGACUUCAUGAAAGUGCAGUAGUAACCAAGACAUUCCAAGUGGAUGACUUUGACUCAUCUGAUUACAGCGAUUUUGAUGACAGCAGCACCAUUAUCAGUACCAGCACUGACACUUCCAGAUUUACAAAUAGGACAACAGAUACUGAGAGAUCUGUACCAAAGAAAAAGAAGAAAGAUAAAAAAGACAAGAAGGACAAGGAAAAGAAGGAUAAAAAGCCAACCACUCCAAGAAAAGCAUGGGAAAAUGGAGACAUGAGACCAGUGUCAGCCCCACCAGACAUGGAUGGCCCAUUCAACCCAGUCAACUACUCCGGAACGCAGGUCAAUGUAUGGGGAGUGCCCCCAGACCAGGCCUCCAAUAUUGCAGCCAAUCCACGGCCCUGGGUGCCAGGACCCAACCCCUCACCACCCCCCUGGGCCUCAUCCACUGGGAACCAGUACGGCUACUACACCAAUCAGAUGAUGGGGAAUUUGUAUCCAAACCGUGGUCCUAUGGUAGCUGAGAUGUUAACCCAGAAAUUGGAUGAAACUCGUCAGAAGACAGUAGCAGAAGUGAGGCAGGCACUGCAGACCACCCCUCCAAAGCCAGCCAUUGAGUACCCUGUGAAGACAGUGCCUGAUGCUAAUCCUUGCAGCCCAGGAAAUGGAAACUGGCGUGAGCAGAUUGAGCAUAUUUAUGCACAUCUCCUAGAAUUAGCCAAAAACAAUCCAGAUUUCAAGGAAACUAUAGCAGAACCUAAGAUGGGCAGGGUGAUAGGCGCAGACUUUGAAGAAGAUGAUGACAGCUACAUUCUGACAGUAAGCUUAGCGAAAUAUGGUGUUCCAAAGAAAAAGAAAACAGCUCCAGUUCCAAAAACCCAACAGCCAAAAACCCAGCAGCCUCAGAAACCUCCACCUCAGAAAACUGCUCCUGCCAAGAAACCGGCAGAGGCUGCCAAGACAGUAGCUGCAGCAACUAAGUGGGCCAGUAAGAAAGGAGAAGGAGCACCACCCCCAAUGAAGCUUAAACCCAAGCCAGAACCUGAGGCAGAACCUGAGCCUAAAGGUCCAGAGCCUUAUUUUGAGACAGAGGAGUAUGAGCAAGAGGGCACUCUGAAGCCAUAUGAAGGUUUCAAUGUUCAGCAGGACUGUGAAGUGCUCAGGAAGGCUAUGAAAGGACUAGGCACAGAUGAGAAAGCCAUCAUCCAGGUGAUGGGGUACAGGACCAGCACUCAGCGCCAGGAUAUUGUCAGACAGUUCAAGACCAUGUUUGGGAAGGACUUGAUCAGCGAAUUCAAAGGAGAGCUGAGCGGCAAUUUCUACAAGGCCAUUCAUGCUCUAUGUUUGGCCCCGGCUGAUUAUGAUGCAUAUGAACUCCAGAGAGCAGUGAAAGGCUUGGGCACAGAUGAUGACUGCCUUAUAGAGAUUAUAUGUACCAGGACCAAUGCACAGAUUGCAGCCAUCAAAGAGGCCUACAAGAGAUUGUUCAACAAGGAGUUGGAGAAGGCCAUAAUGGAUGACACAUCUGGCCAUUUCAAGCGUCUUCUGGUAUCACUGCUACAAGGGAACCGAGAUGAGAGUUCAACAUUUGACAGGACUCAAGCCCAGCAGGAUGCACAGUUAAAGGUAUACAGUCUCAUUUAUGAAUCACUUUAUUUUAAUAAAAAUUACGAUAAUAUUUCUUAUUUCUCCACAGUCAAAAGCAUCAAGAACAAGCCAGCCAUGUUUGCACUGAAGCUCCACAAAGCAAUGAAAGGUCUGGGCACAGAUGAUGAUGCCUUGGUCCGCAUAGUGGUCACUCGCUGUGAGGUGGACAUGGUCCAGAUUAAGGAAGCUUUCAUGGCUAUGUACAACCAGACACUUGGGAAAUGGAUUGCUGAUGACAUCUCAGGAGACUACCGUCAGCUUAUCUUGGCCCUUGUGAACGAAGAGGGUGCUGCAAGAAAAUAAAACCAAGACAAGCUGAAUAAUAUAACAUUACUUUUUAAAAGGAGUGAAAGAAAAAUGACUGGAUUAGAUACUUUACACAAAGUAAAUGCUUUUGUGCAUGCUGAAUUAUGAAUUUUUUUCUCAGCGGAGAAGGUAAAAUACAUGUAUUGCUUUUACUUGGAAGAAAUUAUGAGAUAUAAUAUGUAAAAAAAUAUUUUAAAAUAUGUUUUUUAUAAAUGAUAGAAAAGUUUUUGUUGUUGUAAUUAUUCCAUGUGGGUGAAGGGAGCUGUGUGCACAUGUAAUACAUGUAGAUGCUAAAAAUAUAUAUAUUAUUAAGAUAUACUGUUUCUUUUAUAUGUCAUCCUGUGAAGGUAUAGAUAUAUUACUGAAGUAACUAUUUUACUAGUUUUUAUUUAAUAUUAUAUGUGUUCUUAUUUUUUCAUUGUAAGUGUAUAAAUCUAUCCACAGAGCAAAUGCCCUUAUACCAGGCUGAUUAUGUCUAUUAUAGCUUGCACACUAGAAAUGCAAGCUCUGAUUUAAUUGCAACUUUUACUUUUUGCUUUCUACUUACUAUAUUUACUGGAUCUGUGCAAUAGGAAAUGGAUAUCUUUUUUAUUCUUGAAAUCUUCUUUUCUCUGUUUUUUUUUUUAAACAAAAUUUUAUAUUAGGAUUUAUCACCAAAUGAAAGUGUGGUCAAUAUUUCAGUCCAGUUGAUAAUAUUUAUAGUAAGCACUAUGAGAUGAUGUCUAGAGCUGUCUCAGAAAUAUCUUUAUUAAAAAUGCAAAUUUAUGAUUUUUGUAUAAUAAUUAUGUACUUAAGUUGUUAGCUGGCUAACAAUAUAUUUGAUAACAAAAGGUAAAUAUUUGACAAUCUUGACAUUUGAACAGACAUAAAGUUAGCAAAGAAUACUAGAAAAGUUACUUCAUUUUGAGUUGAAGUGUGUAAGUGUGAAUUAUACACUAUGUUGUGAUACAAUACAAAUGUUGCAUAUGUCCAGAAUUUCUUUUUCUAUGGAUCCAGUGUAUGCUGAAACAUUAUUUAUUGUUUUAUAAUGUAGUUUCCAGUAAUGAUGUAAUAAUGCAAAUCUUAUGUCCCAAGAGUAGAAGAUUACAAUAACAAACAAGAAUUAAAUAAAUUUAAAUGGAUAACUUUGUUUUACAUUCAGGGUUUCCAAGUAUUUAUUGUGAAGGUUUUUCUUUUUCCUUAUCCGUCCAGGGUUUCUACUUUAUGCCUUUUUUCUUUAUAAAUUUUUGUGAUUUAUAUUCAGUAAUAGACUUUUUCCAUCUGUGUGUAGACAUCAGAUAUCUAAAAGUAUUUCAAAAUAAGGGAAUCAUCAUGUCUUGAAUUCUUAGUAUUGAGGUUUCAGAAAUACCAGUCAAUCCCUUGCACACACAGACUUUGUUGCAAAUGAUUGCUUUGCUUUAUAUUUGCAGCAAUUCCAUGUUGAAUCUUGAAUAGAUACAAAAUAAGAAAAGUAAUUAUAUACAGUAACUUAUUUAAAUAAAUUUAUUUGGAUAUGUUUUUGUAGCAUUAAGUUGAU